CAGCUCAGUGACACUGGAUCAUUAAAUCUGGCUAUAUCAAAGAAGCAUGUGCUUCAUUCAUGAUUUGUUCAAGUUCAUUGUAACUCUCGGUAUGUAGAGUUUGAAAGACCCGGUGGAUAGAUUAAAAAGCCUGAAUAGUGGUUAUUUACUUGCGGGAUACAAAAUUACAAAUUCACCUGGUGGUCUGGGAAUUUAGUCAAGAGGAAGUUGUACAGACAGACUAUUCAGGAGUGAAAAGCAAACCAUGUGAGCAAAACGAUGUGUGAUGAUUGUAUGAGUACACACAGAUAAGAUGGUGAUUUUGUGAAUUUUGUGUAAAAUCACCUGCUCGAUGUAAUUGAGAAUUGACUUAAAUAAUACUGUCACAAGGGAACAUCCCAAAUUUAUUAGGAACAAUACAAUCUCUAUAUUUUUAUCACGAGUUCUUGGAAGAGACACACAUACACACGCACAAGUUGGAAUUGGGCCACAAGUGUUGACUUGUUGUAUUCAUUAUUGUGGCUGACAGUGCUCUAUAAACAUGUUAUUUGUUGUUAUGAGCUGGAAGAACAAAUCUGCAUUCCAUCUUCACAUAUAAUUGUUUACAUCUGCCAUGGUAGGAGCGUCAUACUUAUUGUGUGCACACAGACAUUGAGAGAUAUUGUGUUGGUUUAUCGUUCAGUGUGUUCAAAGCUGGAGAGAAAGUUUUGCUGCAUAAAUCCUGAUACAGGAUUAGUAAACAGGAAACCAAACAAUUUAGCCCAGCAGUUUUUGUCGGUGGGAAUCUGGACUGUUAUUUGCACCGCUGGGAGAUACAUAUGUACUGUUUAAUGGUACAAUUUGAUUGACUAGUGACACAGUGGCCAAUUUUUGCAGUGGAAAUAGUUGAUGAGAGACCCACGUGGACCUGUAACAGUCAGGGGCAAAUUUGUGACCGGAUUUGUACUAUGUUCAUCUCUCCUGAACUGCUGGCAGCACACUGAGUUCAGAAGUAAUUUUGGUCACACCUAUAUGGAGUUUGUCACAAAUAGUGGCGACUACUGCCAGGCUCAACACGUAUAAAACGUAGGAUAGGAAAAAUUUUCAGUAGCUGCCAAAUUCUCGGUGCUUCAACCUCGUGUUUUGUUCAUUUUGAGGACCGCUUUUAUUUCGCCGAACACUGAUGGGGUAAUUGUACAAGCUACUGUGGGGACAUAGGAUUCCACCCAUUUGUCUUUCAUCUACAGAAAAUAAAUAUUCAUGCACAGGAUGGGACUUCCCUGAACCUCGAUUAUUUUAGUCCUUUACACAGCAUAUGUGUGGUUUUGGAGUGCCCUCAACACUAUUUUCUUGUAACAUAAUAUAGCUCUUGAGGCUGCAUUGGAACAGCUUUAUCUAUAUUUUUUCAUAUUGGAGUAUAAUCUCGACUGUAAAUGACCGCCAUGAAAGCCAGACGCCCAGAACCCGCUGAAAUCGAGUUCAAGAACAUGCGAUUCUUGAUUAUGGAUCGCCCAACAGAUGCUACAAUGGAGAAGUUCAUUGAGGAGCUGAAAAAGAGAAGAGUUAAAGAUGUAGUCCGUGUUUGUGAACCAACCUACAAAACUGAAAAACUUGUUCAAGAAGGAAUACGAGUACUGGAUUGGCAGUUUGAUGAUGGUAAUCCACCACCAGCAGAAGUGGUGGAUGAAUGGUUUAACCUGCUCAAGACCCGCUUCAAAGAGGAGCCCGGCUGCUGUGUGGCAGUCCACUGUGUAGCAGGACUAGGGAGGGCUCCAGUUUUAGUUGCCCUUGCAUUGAUUGAAUGUGGAAUGAAAUAUGAAGAUGCUGUUGAAUUAAUCAGAGACAAGAGACGAGGGGCAAUAAAUGCAAAGCAGUUGAUGUUCCUUGAACACUACCGUCCAAAGUCUCGAUUGAAGCAGAGGGGCAACGGGCAUAAGCAGUGCUGUGUAAUGUAAACUCCAUAGGACUGAAAUUGUGUCAUUUGUAGCGUUCAUUGUCUAUUUAGUUCUCUGAAUUCAAUUUAUACAUUGCUGAGUUUGUGAUAUUUCUAUCUUUAAAAAAAAAUGAAAUAUUUUCGUUAAUAUUCCACUUGUUUCGUGUUGUAGUUAUUUAAAUAAUCCAGUUUUAGCGUUAUUCAGCUUUCCCAUCAGUGAUAUGGACUGUGUUGAAGUUAUAGCUUAUCCCCUAAUGUCAGCAGUAUUGAAGGCUUAUUUUUUUGUUAACUUUUUAAUGAAAACUUUAAGAUUAAUUUCAGAGAUAUACCUUGUAUUCCUUAUAUGUUUCUCCUAAAAUUCAUAAUUUUGAUUUUGGAAUUUUUGAAGUCUGUUGAGUUGGAGCUAUUUUGUUAAUACCAUCAUUCGCCAUUGUCCUCAGACAUGUACAUCCGUGAAGGAUACUGUCAACACUGAUUCUCUCAUUGGUUGCUUGCCAUGCAGUGAUAAAAAUGUGGAUUGUGUUCAAGAAUUAUAAAUUAUUACCACAUUGUUAUCAUAACAUUUCAUGAAAUUAUCACUGCUUCGAUGUUUUCACUUAUCUCUUGCGUGUCUCCGAUGUAAGUAUCUGGAGGAGGAAAUUGUUGUCCGUGUCAAAGCAAGUCUUUUAAUUAAUAUUUGGUGAUUGGUUUUUAGUCUCUAAAUUUUUUCCCCCCAUUUUUGUUUGUUAUUCAUUUGUAAUUAUAAAGUUGAGCCUGCUGUCAUUGUCCAUUAUUGAAAUGAUAGACUGAGGGAUAGGAUUGGAAAAUGGAAUAUUCUUUCUUUUGAUAUUAUCAAAUUUUUUUCCCUUUCGAUCAAACGUCUUCAGACAAUAAUAUAUGUAUAAAACUAUUAGUUAUGAUUUCUUGAAUGCAAUUUCUAAACACUUAGAUCAAACCAACAGGUUUUGAAAGAAAGUGGAGUAAGACCUUAGAGAACAUUCAUUGUACACCCUAUAUCUAGAUUUAUAUAUAUUUUUAAACAGUUCAAAAAGGAGUAUUUAAACUGUCCUUGAACUAAACUCCCACUAAAUGACUUGAAUUGGAGGUUUUCCUAGCAUUGGACAUAUAAUUGGUGCUUCCCCCUCCUAAAACCCCUAAUGUGAGACUUGAAGAAACUUUUAAUGUUUUAAUGUAUUGAGGCCCUAAUUGUACCUACUUGUAUAAGAUUUGAAUGAUAAUGCCUUUUAUUAUAUAUUUUUUCAUAUGCAUUAUUACUAGUGGUGUACAUAUAAGUUAUCUGUAUGUAUAUUAAGGGCAAUAAAAACUAAUUCAAAUA